UGUUUCCUGUACUGUUUUACCCACGUUGUGAGUGUACGGCGGUGUGUGCAGUGAGCAGUGUAUAUCUAGAAUAAAAAUUGUUUUCACUCAAAAAUGCGACCACUGACAGAUGAAGAAACAAAGACCAUGUUUGAGAAGCUCUCCAAAUAUAUUGGAGAGAAUAUCAAGCUUUUGGUAGAUCGCCCAGAUGGAACCUACUGCUUCAGAUUGCAUAAUGACCGUGUUUACUACUUAAGUGAGAGAAUUUUGAAAUUGGCUACAAAUAUUGCAAGGAAUAAGCUUGUGUCUCUGGGGACCUGCUUUGGAAAGUUCACAAAGACCUUGAAAUUCCGUCUUCACAUCACAGCUUUGGACUACCUCGCCCCUUAUGCAAAGUAUAAGGUGUGGGUGAAGCCAGGAGCCGAGCAGUCCUAUUUAUAUGGAAACCACAUCUUGAAGUCUGGUCUGGGACGGAUUACAGAAAACACUGCACAGUACCAAGGUGUAGUUGUCUAUUCAAUGGCCGAUAUACCACUGGGAUUUGGAGUUGCAGCAAAAACCACUCAGGAGUGCCGAAAGGUGGAUCCAAUGGCGAUUGUGGUGUUUCACCAAGUGGACAUCGGAGAGUAUAUAAGAAGCGAGGACACCCUCACAUAAACUGCACCAAACUCUUUUUAUAAAGUAUGACUGUACAAUAAAUAACAGCGCACGGAUCAAAUAACCAAAUCCAUAAUCGACCCCCCCCAAAAAAAAAACAUGUUAAGAUGGUCAAGCUCUGGAUCACUUGAAAUGGAAAAAUCAAUGUGGUGUCUCUGGAGAAAGUCACAUUGUAUUGAUCUGGACUUGUACACCAGUGGACUUGCGUAAGAUGUGGUACACAAUAAAUGUUAUAUUGUGUUUUGAUGCAAAACAUCAAUACAAUGCUUGUUUAUAAAUGCACAUUUUGAUAGAAUGAUUCUGUACCCCUCAUCUUAUUUAAACUGUACUGUCAUUACUUGAGAGUUGCCUAGGCAGAUCUGUGUGGUACCUAUGCCAAAACAGCAACAAUUCACUGAUGGCAAAUGAAUUUACUUUCCCUGUCAACCAAUUACUGUCAAAAUACUUGAUUUACUAAAUAAGAAUUCAGUUGUUUUAGAAAGUUUAUAAAUAAUUUCCCCCUCUGUUCAAUCCAAUAAACUUUUUUCAAUUCUAA